UCAAUGGCUAUUUGAGGGUCCGCAUUGGCGAGGCGGUGGGGCUGCAGCCAACCCGCUGGUCCCUGCGCCACUCGCUCUUCAAGAAGGGCUACCAGCUGCUGGACCCCUACCUGACAGUGAGCGUGGACCAGGUACGCGUGGGCCAGACCAGCACCAAGCAGAAGACCAACAAACCCACGUACAACGAGGAGUUCUGCGCUAACGUCACCGACGGCGGCCACCUUGAGCUGGCCGUAUUCCACGAGACACCCCUGGGUUGCGACCACUUUGUGGCCAACUGCACCCUGCAAUUCCAGGAGUUGCUGCGCACGGCUGGCACCUCGGACACCUUCGAGGGCUGGGUGGAUCUGGAGCCUGAGGGGAAAGUAUUUGUGGUAAUAACCCUCACAGGAAGUUUCACUGAAGCCACUCUCCAGAGAGACCGAAUCUUCAAACAUUUUACCAGAAAGCGCCAAAGGGCUAUGCGAAGGCGGGUCCACCAGAUCAACGGACACAAGUUUAUGGCCACAUACCUGAGGCAGCCCACCUACUGCUCUCACUGCAGAGAGUUCAUCUGGGGAGUAUUUGGGAAACAGGGUUAUCAAUGCCAAGUGUGCACCUGUGUCGUCCAUAAACGCUGCCAUCAUCUAAUUGUUACAGCCUGUACUUGCCAAAACAAUAUCAACAAAGUGGAUUCAAAGAUUGCUGAACAGAGGUUUGGAAUCAACAUCCCACACAAAUUCAGCAUCCACAACUACAAAGUGCCAACGUUUUGCCAUCACUGUGGCUCCCUGCUCUGGGGCAUGAUGCGAUAAGGACUUCAGUGUAAAAUAUGUAAAAUGAAUGUACAUAUUCGAUGUCAAGCAAAUGUGGCCCCUAACUGUGGGGUAAAUGCGGUAGAGCUUGCCAAGACCCUGGCAGGGAUGGGCCUCCAGCCUGGAAAUAUCUCUCCAACCUCGAAACUCGUUUCUAGAUCGACCCUAAGAAGACAGGGAAAGGAUGGCACCAAAGAAGGAAAUGGGGUUGGGGUUAAUUCUUCCAACCGAUUUGGUAUCGACAACUUCGAAUUCAUCCGAGUGUUGGGGAAGGGGAGUUUUGGGAAGGUGAUGCUUGCAAGGAUAAAAGAAACAGGAGACCUCUAUACUGUGAAGGUGCUGAAGAAGGAGGUGAUCCUCCAGGAUGACGAUGUGGAAUGCACCAUGACUGAGAAGAGGAUCCUGUCUUUGGCCCACAAUCACCCCUUCCUCACCCAGUUGUUUUGCUGCUUCCAGACCCCUGACCGCCUGUUUUUCGUGAUGGAGUUUGUGAAUGGCGGAGACUUGAUGUUCCACAUUCAGAAAUCCCAGCGUUUUGAUGAGGCACGGGCUUGUUUCUAUGCUGCGGAGAUCAUUUCUGCGCUCAUGUUCCUACAUGAAAAGGAAAUCAUCUAUCGAGAUCUGAAACUAGACAAUGUGCUGUUGGACCAUGAGGGUCACUGUAAACUGGCAGACUUCGGAAUGUGCAAGGAGGGGAUCUGUAAUGGCGUCACCACAGCCACAUUCUGUGGAACACCUGACUACAUUGCUCCAGAGAUCCUCCAGGAAAUGCUGUAUGGGCCUGCUGUGGAUUGGUGGGCCAUGGGUGUGUUGCUCUACGAGAUGCUCUGUGGUCAUGCACCCUUUGAGGCUGAGAAUGAAGACGACCUCUUUGAGGACAUCCUGAAUGAUGAGGUGGUCUACCCUACCUGGCUCCAUGAAGAUGCCACAGGGAUCCUAAAAUCUUUCAUGACCAAGAACCCCACCAUGCGCUUGGGCAGCCUGACUCAGGGAGGAGAGCAUGCUAUCUUGAGACAUCCUUUCUUUAAGGAAAUUGACUGGGCCCAACUGAACCAUCGCCAACUGGAACCACCCUUCCGACCCAGAAUCAAAUCCCGAGAGGAUGUCAGUAAUUUUGACCCUGACUUCAUAAAAGAAGAGCCAAUUUUAACUCCCAUUGAUGAGGGACACCUGCCUAUGAUUAAUCAGGAUGAGUUUAGAAACUUUUCCUAUGUGUCUCCAGAAUUGCAACCUUAGCCCUAUGGGGAGGGAAA